AGGAUAUGCUUAACAAAACAAAAAAGAAAAGAAAAAGUACAAGGUAAGGAAAAGAAGGUGUUUGUGGUGCAGUUGAAACAACCUCUGAAAAAUGAAAAGUCUGAGAUCACUCUCGGAUUUGUAAAUUGCAAUCAAAGCACUAUUCAUUCAACCAAGGCAACUGGAAUAAAUUCUGAGUUGAAUAAAAAAUGGGAGGUGGCAAGGAUAAGCAUGGUCAUGACUCUGAUGACAGAGGGAUGUUUUCACAUCUUGCUGGAUAUGCUGGAGGAUACUACCCUCCACAAAGCCACUCUUCACAUGGAUAUCCUCCACAAGGACACUCUUCACAUGGAUAUCCUCAACAAGGGUAUCCUCCACAAGGAUAUCCUCCUCAAGGAUAUCCCCCACAGGCCUACCCACCAGCUGGAUAUCCUCCCCCAGGUGGAUACGCCCCCGCUGGAUAUCCUCCCCCUGGUGGUUACCCUCCACCAGCCUAUCCUCCCCCAGGUGGUUACCCUCCACCAUAUAGCUAUCCUACUCCAUCAGCUCCUCCAUAUCAUUCAGGGCAUGGACCUGGCAUGGGAACAUUGCUAGCAGGGGGUGCUGCAGCUGCAGCUGCUGUUUAUGGUGCUCACCAGCUCUCACACGGUGCUCAUCAUCUCGGACAUGGGGGUCACCAUGGCUUUGGUCACGGAAAGUUUAAACAUGGCAAGUUUAAGCAUGGGAAAUUUGGCAAGCGCUGGAAGCAUGGCGGGUUUGGAAAGCAUAAGUUCAAGAGAUGGAAGUGAUAUGGGCUAAAGGCAUAUGUAAUGUUUUGAGCUCAAGGUUUUAACUUUCAUUAUUGAACAGGGGAAAGAUUGCAGCAUUGUCUAUUUGUCUUUCUAGCAUUACCUUAAAUGGGUUCUGAAUGAUUUUUUUAUUAUUAUUAUUAUUAUUAUAUAUAUAUAUAUAUAUUUUAAAUCUGUUUCUCU